AGAAUAAAAAAUGGCGGUAGAGGGGGAGGUGUGUUGUAAAGAUUUGGUUUGGGUUUGCAGGUUUCCAGAACAUUCUCAUCUUCCUCCACAUAUUCACAUUCCACAACUUCUUUUCAAACAUAUCAAACAUUCAUACGCGUCCCUAGCAGAUAAUGAAGUUUUGAACACAUCGUCUGGGUAUUCUCCAACCAACGGUAAUUGGGCAGUAAACCCUUAUACAGGGAAGUGGGAGCUGGUUUUACAUAAGUAUGGAUACAUGGAUGAAAUAAUUCUCUCCUUCCUUGUUCUUCUCCUGGUUCUCUUCUCUUUCUACCGUCUAUGGUUGGUCUGGGCAUACAAACUAAACUUUAGAGAGGCUACAGCCGGACCCCAGGGCUGGGACUUGCUGGUCAACUGGGUGGUUCAGCGAGUACAAAUCAGAAAAAAGCCGAAGUUUGAUCUUGAGACUGGACAACCUAAAGUAAAAAGUGCUGAAGUUGAAAUUGCUUCCAAACCACAGGAUGAGAUUGGAAUAUCCUCUUCUCCGACCUCUAUCCCUCUUCUUAACAACAUAUCCCAUCAGCAGAGCCUCAGUAACCUUCAAGCUGGUUCCCUGCACGAAGAACAGCUGACCUUGCGCCGCGUUCAAGAAAUAAAGCGUGGCACUAUUCCGUCCCCUUCGCAACCACUGCCGGUAUUUAAAUCUAAAACUCUUGAGAUGGAUAAAUCGACUAUUCUAGAUCCAUUAGUGAACACCUCAGCUACCAGUAAUCCUAUAGUACAUAAACCGGAUUUAACCAGCUUAAACCUGGACGCCAUUGUGCAUAGUAUCAAUACCUCAGUGAUUCUUAAUCCCGUAGUUAAAAAAAUAGAAGAAUCUGUGAUAGAUAAUCCUGAAGAACGUUUAAUAAAGUCUAAUCCGCUUGGGGCACAUGGUACAGACGUAAAUCAUGUCAAUAACACUGAACAUUCCCUUGAUUUUGUGAACAGUCAGAGGACAGCAAAUUUAUAUUUUGAUAAUUUUGAUGAAGAUCCUAAUGUGAUUUAUAUUUAGUGUUGUUAUCCCGUUGACAUGAUUGAGUUAGCUCUUAGCAACCCAAGAAUCAAAUAAAACCUGCAUCCUCUUUA